CCUCUGCUGGUGAGUUCCCAGGACCAGCCUCCCGGUAGCCUGCUGCUUCUCGCUUCUCAGCCCCUCUCCGCCCUGCCCGGGAGAUGGAGCUGCUCCCAGCCCUCCUUGAUUAGGACAUGUCAGGGUUGUCAGGGUAACUGCUAACGGCAGUGUAUUAUAUUUUCCCCUCUGCUGUAUGCUGAAUAUUGUGCUGUGCAGUAGCAGGAAGAAGAUUGGGAAAAGGUGCUGCAGCAGGAAGAAGCUGGGAUCUGAACAGCAGCGGUAUGCCUGGAUCAGCUACAGCUCUCCGACAAGAGAGACUGAAGAAGACCAAUGCAAGGCCAAUUCCCCUUGGUUUAUUCACCAUUAAUGAGGAAGAUGAACAGCAAAAGAAUGGAAAUUCCAGAAGACCGAAAGUGCCUGAGAGCUACAAAGUGCACGAGAAGAAAACCGCUGCCUCCAACAGGCCCUCCUUUGGUAUUUCAGGACAGAAUAGCAACCACUCAGGAAAUAAGCCAGACCCUCCACCUGUGCUACGGGUUGACGAUCGGCAGCGCCUGGCCCGGGAGCGACGUGAGGAGCGGGAAAAGCAGCUAGCUGCAAGAGAAAUAAUCUGGUUAGAAAAAGAAGAGCGAGCCAGGCAGCAUUAUGAGAAACACCUGGAAGAGCGGAAGAAGAAGUUAGAAGAGCAGAGGCUGAAGGAAGAACGGAGGAGGGCUGCUGUGGAGGAAAAGCGAAGGCAGCGACUAGAGGAGGACAAAGAACGCCAUGAAGCUGUUGUACGACGUACGAUGGAAAGGAGCCAGAAGCCAAAGCAGAAGCAUAACCGGUGGUCUUGGGGAGGCACUCUCCACGGGAGCCCCAGUGUCCACAAUACAGAUCCAGACAGGCGGUCAGUUUCCACCAUGAAUCUUUCGAAACAUGUUGAUCCCGUCAUUAGCAAGCGGCUCUCCUCUUCAUCUGCAACUUUACUAAAUUCUCCAGAUAGAGCUCGCCGCCUGCAGCUCAGCCCAUGGGAGAGCAGCAUUGUUAACAGACUACUGACGCCCACACAUUCGUUCCUGGCCAGAAGUAAAAGCACAGCUGCCUUGUCUGGAGACACAGUUAUCCCCAUUUGUCCUCGUUCAGCAUCUUGCAGCCCCAUCAACAUCAUGCCCUACAAAGCUGCACACUCUAGAAAUCCGAUGGAGCGACCAAAAUUCUUUGUCACGCCACCUGAGGGCUCUGCGCGAAGGAGGACUGUUCAUGGCACAGCGGGCUAUAAAAGAGAGAGGGAGAGAGAGAACAUGCCCUUCCACCUCACAUCCAGCAUCCGUAGGGCUGUGUCUCCAUCUCAUCCCAAAGCCAGAACACCAGCUUCUUCCAGACUUUGGAUCCCAUCCAAGUCCUUUCCUCAUUUGCCUGGCACACCCAGACCAACAUCUUCCCUGCCUCCCGGACCAGUCAAAGCUGCCUCUGCUCCAGUCCGGCCCCCUUCCCCUGGCAACAUCCGCCCUGUCAAGAGAGAAGUCAGAGUGGAACCUGAGAGAAAAGACCCUGAGAAGGAAUCUCAGAAAGUUGCCAACGAGGCCUCACUAAAGGCCAGAGUACCUUUAGUGAAGGUGGAAGAAGCCACAGUUGAAGAGGGUACACCUGUUGAACCAGAGGAUGUCCCUACUGCUCCAGCUUCGGCCCCAGCUCCUGUCCCAGCCCCCACUCCAGCCUGGGUCCCAGCCUCAGCCUCGGUCCCAGUCCCGUCAUCCACUGUGACUGCCAGUGCUUCUCCGAAGACCUCUGCAGGCACCACCGACCCAGAAGAGGCCACAAGGCUUCUAGCUGAGAAGAGACGGCUGGCCCGAGAGCAGAGAGAGAAGGAGGAAAGGGAGAAGAGGGAGAGAGAAGAGCUUGAAAGGCAAAAGAGAGAGGAAUUGGCUCAAAAGGUAGCGGAAGAGAGAAGUCGCCGGGAGGAAGAAGCCCGCCGGCUGGAAGCCGAGCAGGCCCGGGAGAGGGAGGAGCAGCUGCGGCAACAGGCGGAAGAGCGGGCGCGGCGCGAGCGCGAGGAGAUGGAGCGCCUGAUGAAACAGAAAGAGGAAGAAGCUCGUGUUCGUGAAGAAGCAGAGAGGGCCCGGCAGGAACGAGAGAAGCAUUUCCAGAGAGAAGAGCAGGAGCGCCUGGAGAGAAAGAAGCGACUUGAGGAGAUUAUGAAAAGAACCAGGAGAACAGAAGCUACAGAUAAGAAAACUGUUGAUCAGAGAAAUGGUGAUAUAGCCAAGGGAGCUGUCACUGGAGGAACAGCAGUAUCUACACUUCCAUGUGUGAUGAAUUCUCCAGGAAAUGGAGAACCAGCGGCUAGCCCACAUGUGGUUACCUCACACCAAUCAAAAGUGACUGUGGAGAGUACUCCCAAUUUGGAAAAACAACCAAAUGAAAAUGGAGUAUCUCUUCAGAAUGAAAAUUUUGAAGAAAUUAUAAACUUACCCAUUGGAUCUAAACCAUCCAGAUUAGAUGUCACCAACAGUGAGAGCCCAGAAAUUCCUUUGAACCCAAUUUUGGCCUUUGAUGAUGAAGGGACGCUUGGGCCCCUGCCUCAGGUAGAUGGUGUCCAAACACAACAGACAGCAGAAGUUGUAUGAGCAUUUCUUCUGAAGAACCAAAGCAGAUAUUUAAUAGGAAUUUCUACAAUUAAUGGAAUUCCUUCCAUGCUGUAAAGGAGCAUCCCCUCUCCUCCAGUUUUCUAAAGAUCUCUUGACCAUCAUUUUGAAAAGACUUUAUUAAAACCAGCUGAAUACAAAAGACUGGACAGCUUUUCUAAUAAUUCUCGCCAAUAGAGAAAAAGAAAUGCUCCUUGUUCUUCAAUACUUUAAAAUGGCUUUUUCCAGUGUGCUCCUUCUUAGCAAAUCAAUAUUUUCUGCAUUCUCUAAAAGAUGAGAACAUUUGGCUAUAAAAGAAAUGGGCUGACCCGGCAUGAUUUUUCACAUAGAUAUCUCGGUCUUUAAAAGCUAACAGGUAAAAUUGGCACAAAAAACUUACCUUUUACAAUAUAAUACUUGAAAAAUAAGUACCUCUUUGCUCUACAAGUACAAUGAGUAAGAAAGGUGUUUAAAUUAAGCUUGUUUGUUUAAAUAAUACUGCAAAGAGCUCUAUUUGUAGAGGCAAAUUACAGGCAGAUUACCAGGUUCUUGUAAAUGCAACUUGUACAUGGACAUUCUGCAAACCCAGCUGUCACAUUCUUCUUGCAUAUCCUUUUCCAAAAGCGUACUAAGCAGUUUUUAAAUGUGGGAAAAAAACAUUAUUUUUUCAGAACAAGAAAAUAAUUUACUAUCCUCUUAAAUAAUGUAUUUAUAAAGUUUUUCCAGAUAAACUAAUCAAAUAAAUUAGAAUAAUGUGACAACAUUGCAGAUUUGAUUUAUUAGAUCCAUUCCUUAUGUUCCCAUGAGAGAAUGUUACUGAUGAUUCAGGGCUAUUUCUGAAGUCUGUGUAUUGCUGCUGUCCCCAGUGCUGGUGGGACUUAUCUUUGCCUUACCUGAUCACAAAUUAUGUGGGGUGGGGGUGGGGGGAUAAAGAUUUAAUAUUUCUUUAAAUAAAAAAAGAAUCUGGUUUUGCUCGUUUAAGAGCAAUGAAAAAAUGAUGGAAUGUUGCUGUGUUUGGCACAUAGGACACUGUGCAGGCAGGAUACCUUCACGAAUGUCCUGGACGUUCUGCGUGGCAUCCAUCAGCUUUCACUUUUCAUUCUUUUUCACAUUUGCUGCUGAGCUUAGCUGUACAAACUUGCACUUUCGUUUACUAAUAUAAAUUCCAUUUUAUUUUAUCAUCUUAGAGGCUAUGAAUAGCUAAAUAUUGAAAGAGAGGGAACACAUGUUUUUCUGUGGAGUAUUAAAAAAGGUAAACUUCCACCACUAUAGUGUAUUGGUUUUAUUAAAAAAGAAAUUGGUUAAUCUACUAGAUCGAAUGAGAGACUACUCAUUUAUUGGACUAUUUCCUUAAAAUCCAAGCAUAUCAUUUUUAGUAACAGCUGUAAUUUGUUAAAACAUUAAUUUGGGGGUUUCCCCUAUACCCAUUUGUCCAUGUACACAUAAUCAUAUUAAAAGCCAU